GGCUCAACGCGGUUUUGUGUCUCUCAAACAACAUGGCUAGGGUAGGCGAAGGGCAGGGCCAAGGAAGCCGCCGUAGUCAUGGACAAAUUCUUUGCCUCGGAUGAAAUUUGACAAAUAAGAGACCAUGGAGAGACUUGAGGUGGACGGGGAUUUCAUUGCCGCUGGCAAUUGGAAGCUACAUGGGGCACUAUGCAAUGAACUUUACACAGUAGUCCGUGAAGUUUUGGAUGCCAUUCCUCCUUUUGAGACUACACGGUCAGGAUGCAGUCCUGGGCUCCUGGCAUUGAGUUCCUUGAGGAUAUCUGUUGAGAAAGCCAAGAAUUUACUCCAGUAUUGCUCAGAGAGUAGCAAGCUUUACUUGGCUGUUACAGCAGAAAGCGUUCUAACAAAAUUUGAGAAUUCAAGACAAGGACUUCUGGAAAGCCUUCACCAAGUAGAAGAAACAAUUCCGGAAGCAGUCGGUUCUAAGAUCACUAUGAUUGCACAAGAGCUGGAAAAGGCUGGUUUUGUCUUGGACCAGUCCGAAAAGCAAGUUGGUGAUGAAGUGAGUGAACUAAUCCAGAACGAGCCAAAAUCCAAUGGAUUCCUUGAUGAGAAUGAGCUUGAAUUUCUCCACCAAAUUGCUUUCCGGGUUGGUAUUACAUCAUCCGUGGCAGCUCUCACUGAAAGAAGAGCACUUAGGAGGCUUCUUGAGAGAGCCCAUGCAGAGGAGGACUUGAAAAAGGAAUCAAUUGCAGCCUAUCUACUGCACCUUAUUAGGAAAUACUCGAAUAUAUUUAAGAGUGAAACAAACGAUAGUACCAACUCCCUGUGCUCAAGCCCUUCCUGCUCCUCCAGUAAACUGUCCAGCUCAACUGAUCUCCAUGGAAACUGUCAGAUCCUCGAGAAGCGGCUCCCAAGUGUUGGCUCCUUAAGUCCGAAGCAGAUUGGAGGGUUAUCAGGGACAGGGAGUAUGCCCUUGCCACCUGAGGAGCUGAGGUGUCCAAUCUCCCUGCAGCUCAUGUAUGACCCUGUUGUCAUUGCAUCCGGUCAGACAUAUGAACGAGCUUGCAUCGAGAAGUGGUUCCACAGUGGCAACACAACCUGCCCGAAAACUCGCAAGCAGCUGUCCCAGCUCUUGAGAACACCUAAUUACUGCAUUAAGGGUCUGAUAGCAUCUUGGUGCGAACAGAACGGGGUUCCAGUUCCAGCUGGGCCGCCAGAAUCUCCCAAGCUAGAACAUCUGAGCAUCUCAUCGCUGGAAAGCACCACAUGUGCGGCGACUGAUGGCGCUAACACUAACACUGUCUUGUUUGAAGACACAACAGCCAAGGAUGACGCCAAGUCGGAGAGUGAAGUUUCCAAGGAGAUGUUCUCUCGUCAAAACUCCGGAGAGGCCACGUCCAAACUACGUAUACACGAAGAAGUCUCACCGGAGAACUGCUCUGCUCUUCAGAGCUCCAAGGAGGCUGCACCUGACGCAUGUGGGGUUGAAGACUCCGUGGACGUGGAGAAGGGCAAGGGCUCUCACCAAGACUCCAAAGACGAUGUACCUGUCAGUGAGAGAUGUGAACAGUGGCUCCAUGUGCUGAACAAGAACGAUGCUGAGAGCAUGAGUGAGAAACAUAAGUUGGUUGAGCAGAUCAGGAUCCUGUUGAAGAACGACGACGAACUUCGGAACUAUGCAGGUGCUAAUGGUAUUACUGAGCCACUAAUCCAUUUUCUGAAGAUGGCUAUCCACAGAGGAGGUGUGCAAUCUCAGGAGGUUGCUACAAUGGCUCUGUUCAAUCUUGCUGUCAACAAUGACGGGAACAAGAGACUGCUCCUGUCAGCUGGAGUCAUCCCGCUGAUGGAACAGAUGAUACAGAAACAUGAAACCUGCGAGGCUGCCAUCGCAAUGUACCUGAACCUCUCCUGCAUCCCCGAGGCACAGGCGAUCAUCGGCUCGAGCGUCGCCAUCCAUUUCCUCGUCAACAGCCUAGGGGAAGGUGGCCCCCGGAGCGACACCUGCCGCAUGGACGCGCUGCUCACCCUGUACAACCUGUCCCUGCACGCGCCCAACAUCCCACCCCUCAUGGCGUCCGGCAUCAUCGAGAACCUCCGCCGCGUGCUGGUGCCGUCCUCCCCGUGGACGGACAAGGCCCUAGCGGUCCUGCUGAACCUGGCGCUGACCCGGAGAGGCAAGGAGGAGAUCGCGGCCAGCGCGGCCAUGGUGGGCGCCAUCGUGCUCAUCGUGGACAACGGCGAGCCGGGGGAGAAGGAGAAGGCCGUGUCGUGCCUGUAUGUGAUCUGCAGUGGCGACGAGGGCAGCAGCCAGACAGUGCUCCAGGAGGGCGUGAUCCCGGCGCUGGUGUCCGUGACGGCCAACGGCACGGCCAGGGCCCGGGACAAGGCGCAGCGGCUGCUGAGGCUGUUCCGGGAGCAGCGGCAGCGGGAGCUGGAGCUGGAGGAGAUGCAGCCGCGGGUGGAGCUGCACGAGGUGGCGAGCCGGGCGGCCGUGCAGCAGCAGCGGGAGGAGGAAGAGGAAGAGAUGGCGCUGGCCGUGUUGCCGGCCGCCGCGCCCAGUAAGCCGAGCGGCGGCGGCAAAAAGCCACGACUGUGCAGGUCAGGGUCCAGGAGGUUCACCAAGGUCUUCACGUGCCUGCUCAAGAAGUGGAGUCUGCGUUGAACCGAGAAGGAUCGGGCAGUCGACCGGUGCAACUGAGCUGUGCUCAAACUGUAGAGCUGUAAUUAUCCGUCUUUGACAAGCGCGUUGCGUUCGCAGUGAUUAAUGAUGGUUUCUUGAAAUGAGCAUGAGCAAACG